AGUAUUUCCGCGGAUAUUGGGUAUUUAACGCCCAGUGUCCCCAGUAAGUUUAAGUUUUUGCUGAAUCUACCUUCAAGAAAUAUCCAUCCAAUUUUAUUUUCUUAAAUUUUUUUUCGUGAUUCUUUUUAAUCUUUUAAGAUGUCUAACUGGGGUUAUUCUUCUUCAAAUGGACCUGAAACUUGGGCUGAAAGUUAUCCAACAGCAGCAGGACCUAGACAAAGCCCCGUGGAUAUUAAAGCGGUUAAUUUUGAAGUUAUGAAAAAAUUAGAUUGGAAAUAUAAUCCUAAAAAUACUAUUGAUAUUUGUAAUACUGGUUAUGGAUGGAAGGUACAUGUUGAUGGAAAAGGGUCCGAAUUAAUUGGAGGACCAUUACAAGGAAAAUACAUUUUAGAACAAUAUCAUUGUCAUUGGGGUGCAACAAGUGAAAAAGGAUCAGAACAUACAGUUGAUGGAAUAUCUUAUGCAGCUGAGCUUCAUUUCGUACAUUGGAACGCUGAAAAAUAUCAAUCGUUUGAGGAAGCAGCUCAACAACCUGACGGAUUAUGUGUUUUGGGCGUUUUUUUGAAAUCUGGUAGACAACACGAUGAAGUAGAAAAAAUUGUGUCUUACUUAUCUAAUAUAGAGUAUAAAAGCGAGCAUAAAAAAAUAAACGAGGCAAUUGAUCCAAACCAAAUGCUACCUCAAAACAGUAGCUAUUGGACUUAUUUGGGAUCUUUAACAACUCCUCCGUGCUCUGAAUGUGUAAUUUGGAUUGUUUUUAAAGAACCUAUUGAAGUAUCAGAGAAACAGUUGGAAGCCUUCAGAUCUUUAAAAUCUUAUUGUUGCGAAGAGGGUUGUCCUUGCGACGAUUUUUCAGGUUUCGUAAAAACCAAUUUUCGCCCAACGCUUCCAUUGGGCCAAAGACAAAUUAAAGAGUGUCCAAAUUGUUAAUUUUUUCCACAUGUAGCUGGUGCAAAGCAUUUUAAUUAUGAAGUACAAAUAUCAAUAACACGUCCAUACAUUCUCACAUUGUUAUACGUUAGCACGUUUUAUUGCAAUAAUAUUAAUUCAAUGGAUCUGUAUUGAUAUAAUUAGAUUUUAUAUUAUACGCAUAAAUAUACAACGACACGUGGAAUUGUGUUACUCAGGUGCUAAUAUGCAAGUAUUGUAAUAUUUUAUUCUUCGAAAUAUAAUAAUGUAUUUAGCAAUUAUUAACCAGUACGUAAUAAAAAUACUAGUCAAUA